ACCUUUUAAGGCCAAUAUCCCAGGGUCUUGGCUCACUCUGCCCUUUAUGUUCACAUCUGGAGGCCACACCCUACCUUCUGAGUCACCAGGCCAUCAAGUCCAGACAAAGGUAUCGAAAGAGUGAGAGAGUGCCAGCCACCUCCCACCUAAGCCACUAGCAAGACUCCACAAUGUCAGAGCAACAAAUGGACCUGAAGGAUUUAAUGCCCACAAAGAGGAAAUACAUGUGGAAGACUGCUGAAGAUAGGCGCAUGUCUGACCUCACCUGUGUGCUGGAGUGGCUGGAGCGGAGGCAGGGGAAGAAGAAACAAGCUCCCGAGAAGCAAAAGCCCAAAGUGGUGACAGUCCUUAAACGAAAUAAGAAGAAAGAGAAGAAAGGCAAAGGCCACAUGACAGCACGGGGAGGGAACCGCAGGGACACGGAGACUUCCCAGCAGGCCUUAGGAAAGAGAUUCAGGAAGGACGCCGCCUCCUACCGAAGCCUCUAUGGAGUGGAGCAAAAGGGGAAACGCCUCAGCAUGGUCCCUGGCAGCUACAUCAAGGAUGGCCCCAAGAAAUCUGAUACAGACAUCAAGGAUGCAGUCGACCCAGAGUCCACUCAACGGCCAAACCCAUUCCAUCGACAAAGCAUUGUCUUAGAUCCCAUGUUACAGGAGGGUACCUUUAACAGCCGGAGGGCAACCUUCAUAAGAGACUGGUCCAACAAGAUGCCUGACAUGGCUUACGAACGCAAGCUAAAGAGCCUCAUGGAGAAAAGCACCGAACCUAAGAUGGAAACCGUGAGGAUGUUGAAGCCAGAGGAGGUGCUGAGCUGCCGAUACCUGAGGUUAUCCAAGGAGAACAUUCGGACCUUGCUCAAGUUGUGCAAGGAUGCAGGAAUGAAUGUGGAUAUCCACCCCCACAUGGUCGAAGAGGACAUAGAUGCUAAAAAGGUGUUCACUGGAAUACCCAGCAUGGCCCUCUAAAUAGCUCCUCUCGCCACCACCUUCAGGCUCCUUCUGUCAUGGGACCCUUCACCUCCAGAUGCCAUCCUCUGGCACACUACAAGUGGUCCUUCCAACUUAGCGCAUCCCUUUAGAAAGUAAGCAAUCAGAAAACAAGCCUCGGCUGUGUGAUCA